AUGCUGCGAAGACUAAUUAUCCAGCGGCCAUGUUGGAAGCGAACUGGUUAUUUUGGCAGUGCUGUACAGCCAUCUUUGGUACGCCUUAGGUCAACUUACCUUUCCCAACCAGGUGCCAAAGUCACACGCAUUAAAACGGAAGAAGAGCUUGCUCAGGAGAGGCUAGAAGAACAGUUGAAGUCCGAGAGUCGGUUCAUAAGAUGGGGUGCAAUUGCAAGAACUGAAAAAUUCACCAAAGGGAUGACAAAGUACCUUAUUGGGGCAUACAUUAUCUUCCUUAUAUAUGGUCUCUAUUUCAUGAGGAAAAUGUACGCCAAAGAAAAAGAACUUGAGCGGUUAGAGGCUAAGCGAAAAGAAGGCCAAGCUAAUGAGUAUGAGGAGCUUAGAAUCAAAGAAUUACGAGGCAAGAUGAGGAACAGGGAUAAGCUCCAAUUGGCCAAAUAUCGUGCCCUACCACACAAUGAAAACGAGGACACCUCCCAGUUUGACGGCAUCACGCUGGAAAAGAACGACGAAAACAUAACCAAUCGAAAAAUUCUGCCAGCUCGCGAUACGACCGACUUCUACGACUUCAAAGCAGCAGAAUAUGACGAGGGGGUCAACUUUGAAGAAAAAGCGAUCUUCAUGGGAAGUAGGCGCAAAUGGCUAAUGAAGCAUUGCCAAGGAGACAUUUUAGAAGUUGCUUGUGGUACCGGUAGAAAUUUGAAAUAUGUCGACUUGUCUAAAGUGAAUUCGAUAACCUUUAUGGACGCUUCAGAAAAAAUGAUGGAAUUGACCCACAACAAGUUUCGCGCCGAAUUUCCUAACUUCAAGAAGGCUGCUUUUGUCGUAGGAAAAGCAGAGAACCUCGUGGACCUAGCAGCUUCGGGUGAUGGCCAAGGCGUCGAUCCCGAGACCCGAGUCAAGUACGAUACCAUUGUUGAAGCAUUUGGGUUAUGCUCACUGGAAAACCCUGUCAAAUCAUUGCAAAACUUCGAAAAACUGCUGAAACCCGGUGGGAGAAUUGUGCUUCUAGAGCACGGUAGAGGAACUUACGACUUCGUGAACAAGAUUUUGGACGACCGGGCGGAAAAGCGUUUGGAGACAUGGGGUUGUCGAUGGAACCUCGAUCUUGGAGAAAUUCUCGAUGAUUCUGGGCUCGAAAUUGUGGAAGAAAAUAGGACACAUUUAGGAACAACGUGGUGCAUCGUGGCGAAGAGAAAGGGUGACCUGAAGAAAAACAGUGAGCUCGGUUUUGUCGAGAAAUAUUUCGGUUCGAGCAUCAAAAGUAAAAUCGAGGCUUACGAAACUGCUGGUAAGAGUGGCAGUCCAAAAGCUGGUGGCGACAGCGAUGAAUUGCCUAGAAAGUGA